AACGAGGAUUGUAUGCAGCAGACUAAGAGCAGUAAUUAUGUUGAAGCACUACUUAGGAAUAACAGACUACAUAGUUAUCUGCUUUUCACUGUUAAUAUCUGCAGGCAUUGGUAUUGCUGUAAAAUAUUAUGGAAGCCAAAAAACUGCAAAAGAUUAUUUACUGGCUGGAGGAAAAAUGGCAAAACUUCCAGUUAUAUUAUCAAUUGCUGCAACUGUAACUUCCCCAAUAACAGUGAUUGGGGCUCCUUCUGAAGUAUAUAGAUACGGUUUGAAAUAUAUUAUAACAUUUCUUGUUAUGCCUUUUGGUAUGUUUUUGGCUUCUUUACUCUUUAUACCUGUUUACUAUCAAUGUGGAGUAUCAACUGUGAAUGAGUUUCUCGAGAUGCGAUUUGGAAAAAUUAUCAAAUGGAUACUUUCAACCUUCUUCCUUCUACAAAUGAUGCUUUUUAUGUCAGUUGCUCUUUACGGAGCAGUCUUAGCCUUAAGUGCAGUAACAGAUUUGUCAUUUGGAACGUCGAUUGUAUCAUUGGGGGCUAUCUGCACUUUAUAUUGUUUUCUGGGUGGUUUGAAAGCUGUAUUAUGGACAGAUGUCUUCCAAAUCAUUCUUAUGUUGAUAUGUAUUCUGUCCUUCUUUAUUACCGGUAUUCAAGAUGCAGGUGGUGUAUCCAAUAUUUAUGAAAAAGCAAAAGCAGGUCACAGACUUGAUGAUAUUUUCAAUCCUCGUCUGGAUUUCAUGGAAAGAUUCAACUUUUGGAGUUGUAUUAUACGUGGGAUUACUGUAGGAUGCACAUUGUUUGGUACAAAUCAGCUUGAUGUGCAAAGAAUACUCAGUUUGAGUAAUGUUGACAGAGCAAAAUCAACGUUGAGAAUGAGUGCGUUUCCUACUUUCUUCUUGUAUGCCUUGUGCCAAGUUUUUGGUGUUGUUUUGUAUGGAAUCUAUCAUGAUUGUGAUCCAAUAUUAGAUAAAGAACAUUCAGGGUUGACAAAGCAUGAUCAAAUGGUCCCGGCAUUCAUUGUAAAGAGAUUCAGCAAUAUUCCUGGGAUGACUGGUCUCUGCAUAGCUGGUAUCUUUUGUGCUUCGUUAAGUACAAUAUCUUCAGCGCUGAACUGUGCUUCAACUGUAACAGUUGUGGAUUUCAUAAAACCUCUUCUUAAAUCGAAGCAGAUUACUGAGGAGAAAAUUGUUUGGUUGGCUAAAAUCGCAUCUCUCAUCUAUGGUGGAAUAUGCAUUGGUCUCAGCUUUUGCUUUCUGGGGGUAAAAAGUAUCAAACGUUUGGCGCUCGUUGUUGUUUACGCAGCAGAUGGUCCAAUUUUGGCACUAUUUUUAGUUGCAGUUCUAUCUAGAAAAGCCAGUGACAAGUGUGUUUCAUUUGCUUUUCUUUUUGGCGUGAUACUAAUUUCUUGGAUAUCAUAUGGUUCUUUAUUUUCCAAUUACUCCCAACCAUUGCUGCCUAUGAGUGUGAGCGGAUGUUCAUCAUUUGAAAACACUUCCAUUUCAGUAAAUGCAUCAUUGAUUACUCCAUCAUCAAUAACUCCAUCAUUUACAAAAGAUUCGUCAAGAGAGAAUAUCUUUAUUCUGUAUAGAAUUUCACAUGUUUGGUACAGUGGAAUUGGAUUUGUCUUAACUUCAGUUUGCAUAUUUGUUACUGUGCUUUUAACAGGAUGGAGAAAAAAUGUAAUACCAGCUGACUCAAAAUGUUUAAGCCCGAUACUUUGGAAUAGGACAAAACAGCAAACUAAAUAUGAACUCUCCGAACUGGAAGCAAGGAAUGUGGAAAACUAAAAACGAGAUUUCAAUUACAUUAAAUUAACUGAUUAUUAACAUAUAACAAUAAUUAAUAUCAUAUUUUCAAACUUAAGUGACAAAAAUUCACUCUUUGAUUUAUAUUUCUGCAUUGGAUCUUAUUACGGUUUGAACUAUAUAACAUCUGAUCUAAAAAUGUAUAAAUGGAUUUGGAUCAUUAAAAAAAAUGGAAUUU